UAUAUUUUGCUUCGAUGUAAACAGGUGUCAAUAAAGUGUAGCCGUAAAAAAUAUAUAAGUAUUAUAAUAUCUAAACAUAGUUUAGAAUUAGCCAUGUCACGAGAAUUAAGCAAUAAGACGGCAGUGAUUACGGGAGGAGCACAAGGAAUAGGGCUCGCAGUAGCUGAAGAAUUUCUGAAGAAAAGUGUUAAGAUAGUGAUCCUACUUGACUUCGAUGAGACAACUGGCGCUAAAGCAGCAGAAACCCUUAACACCGAGUAUGGUGAGAACAAAGCUGCUUUCAUCAAAUGUGACGUCACUGCAGAUUUGGAAGUUGUGUCGAAACUCAUCUUCGAUAAAUAUGGAACCGUCGACAUUUUGGUGAACAACGCUGGAAUUGUUUGUGAGAGUAUCCCCAAGAAAUGCAUAGCAGUCAACGCAACAGCAGUCAUAGAAUGGACAUUGAAGUUUUGGGAGAACUUGAGAAAGGAUAAAGGUGGAAAUGGAGGCACGAUUAUAAAUAUGGGGUCAAUUUACAGUUCCAGAAUAGACCCUUUCUGUCCAGUUUAUACAGCAUCCAAAUUUGCCGUCCUGGGAUUCACUAAGAGUUUGGGUCUUGAUUAUCAUUAUGCUAAGACCAAUGUGCGAGUCAUAGCAGUAUGUCCUGGAUUUACAAAGACCAAAAUAACUAAUAUUAAAGGUGAAGAUGAAGAACUGCAACGAGACUUUGAAAACUAUCUGAGAACAAAAGUACAGUGGCAAACAUCUGAUGCGGUAGGUCGAGCUGCUGUAGAGGCGUUCGAGUCUGCUGAUAGUGGCACUGCCUGGUUAAUAGAAGGUAACCGUCCAAUCCAGAAAAUAUGAUAAAUUAACUUUAUAUAAACAUAUUUCAG